AUGUCAGUGUUCGGAUUCCUCAUUGUAAGACAAGACUCUCACAUACAGAGUUUGCAGAAUGAUACCAGUCCUAAACAACUGGUAUUUCUUUACGUUGGAACCUGAAUGACACUCGGCUUCUUUGCUGCAAAAUAUCUGAUCUUGAAGUAUCCUGAAUAUCUUCAGACGUCGAUUUUAGUAUUUAACUGAGUUGGGUUCAUUGGACCUCACUUAGUUUUUAUGACAAAUCACAAAGGACACUUUUAUGCAUUUAUUCCGAGCAUAUAUCUGUACCAUUUCUACCUUGCAACUCUGACUCCAUCUAAGAGACACUUCACGACUGUGAUAUUCACUCUGACUGUUGUAGCACAUGUAUCCAUUGCCAUGUAUAGGCUAGGAGGGAUAGACCCAGAACUUAUUGUUUCAGGGCUGAUGUCGAUACUGUUCUCUGAUCUUGGACUCAAGACCAACCAGACGAGACUUUCUCAGAUGUAUCAGAUGAUUCUUGAUAACACGAGGUUGGUCAAGGAGAAACAGAAGGUUGUGCAGCAAUUUCCACACCCAGUAUUGAUACUUCCAGAAGACAUUUAUGGUCAACCGAGCUGAUAUUCUAACGAUCAGUUUGAAGAGAAGAUUACUUCUCUGAAUCAGCAAAUCCAGCAGCUUGAAAAUGUUAAUGUUACAAUCGAGAAAAAGAGUUGACUGGAAAAGAACCAUCAAGAAACCCUGACUCUCCUUGAAUAUUUGGAAAAACAUCAGGAAUAUGACAGUGAUGAGACAACCGAAGCCAAGAACCAUGUUAUUAUCCAGUGCAGACAAAUUUCUGAUGACAAUUCUUCAAAUCAAGAAGAUAUGUUAAAUCAAAGAUUUGAGAGAGAAAGAUUGGUCAACAGAAACUUCAGUAUUAAGUCUCUUAGAAUCGAAUGGAAAGGAACUCCCUCAGUUAUGCAUGUCUUUAUCGACACUACAGAUAUAAUCAACCUAGAGCAAGCUAAGAGUAGAAUCAAGCUCCAGAAGAUCAUGUUCGCAAGCACCAGCCAUGAGUUCAGGACUCCGUUAAAUGCGAUCAUAAACUCGUUCAACUUCAUCAAGUCAAGCUUUGAAGACCUUAUGAAGAUCCUCUCUAAGAAAUUACCUAAAGAUGUGUUUCAAAGUAGGAGAAUCAAUGAGAAUAUCAACAGCAUCUUCAAGUUUUCGAAAACUGGAGCCACAUCAUCCACCCUGUUGCUUGCUUUGGUGGAAGAUGUCCUGAAUCUUUCGAAGAUCGAUAAUGGAACAUUUGUGGUCAGUUAUGAAUUCUUCAGCAUCCCUGCUCUUUUGCGCGAUGUCCACUCUCUAUUCUCAAUGCAAUGAGAGCAGAGAAAAGUUGACUUGAUAACUGAAUGAGAUGAUGACCUCAGAUUCUGAGAAAUCAAAACUGACCGGAACAGAGUCAGGCAGGUCUUGCUCAACUUGGUUUCUAACUCGACCAAGUUUACUUUUAGUGGGUUCAUCAAAAUAAAGGCUGCUCUGACUAAAACCCUUGAUGGCCUGAAUUUCUUGGAACUUAGGGUUGAAGAUUCUGGGACUGGAAUUAAGAAAGAAGAUCAGCAAAAUUUAUUCAAACAGUUCGGGACGCUCGAAGAAAACAGAGACAUGAAUCCUAACGGAUGUGGGCUUGGACUUACAAUCAGCAAAAAAUAUGUUGAGAGACUUGGAGGUGAAAUAAGAAUGAAGUCUGUUUAUGGCAAAGGAACAGAUAUGACAUUUACAGUUCUGAUUAGAGACAUCAAACACAUAAACUCUAUCGCUCCAGUUUCUCUGCAAAUCGAUUAUCCUCCAUUGUCUGAACCUUUAAGGAACCAUAGGCUUCUAGACUUCCAAGUAAACGAUGAGUAUUUUCCGUUUGAGGCAAAAAUUAACAAAUGAAAAAUUUACGAUUAUAAUGAGUCAAAGUUCUAA